AUGUCUGUAAUUUUGAAGUUGCCGUUUUACCUGAGUAUAAUGUUAACUUAUUUCUUUCAGGUGAAACUGAGAAGUUUCAUACUGCUUCUACUUUGUGCAACCCUCGGCAUAUAUUGGGCCAUCCAGCGACACUCAAGAUAUGCCUGGAUUAUCCAAGACUUACUGGGAGCAACGUUUUCUAUUUUCUUCAUGCACACCUUACGUUUGCCAAACCUGAAGAUUAUUGCUAUCCUGCUGAUUCUGUUACUAGUCUACGAUGUCUUCUUUGUCUUCAUCACUCCUCAUUUCACCCACGACGGCAACAGCAUCAUGGAAUCUGUAGCCACAGGAGGCAAAGGCCACUCUAAAGAAUCACUACCAAUGGUUUUCUUACUGCCCACGCUGUCUGACUUCCCGUUGAGACGGUGUAUGGACCGGGAAUUUUCUCUUCUGGGUUUCGGGGAUGUGAUCAUCCCAGGGCUGCUUGUGUCAUACAAUGCUGUGUUUGAUGUGAAAACUGGCAACAAAAUGGUUUACUUCAUAAGUUCCUCUCUGGGCUAUUUUAUUGGCAUGAUUGUGUGUAUCAUUUCCCUGAUCUACAUGAACUCAGGACAGCCGGCUCUCUUGUACUUGGUACCAGGCACUCUCUUCACUACACUUGUUGUGGCUCUUAUACGUAAGGAGUUCUUGGCUUUGUUCUUUGGGCUGCACAAGCAGAAGUCUGAAAAGGCUGAACCUGUUGAGUCCCAGGGAAGAGAUAGCGAGGAGGGAGAUGCAGUCAAUGAUUGCACUGAUGAAGAAGAGAGGAACUUAAUCAAGUGA